AAAAGUAAGAAUAAAAAAACGCCCAAGCUUCUCUCCCGCUAAUCCAAUCCGGUAUAUCCAUCCACACACAGAGCGGGCCAAAGCAAAGCAAACCAAUCGUUGCCUUCAAUUCAAUCGUUGUGUUCGUUGCCUUCUUCGCUUUUGAUUUUGCUUCUAUUCCGCAUAGCCUGCGAUUUCGUCGGCCGAUUCUCUCAUGGCGGAGCCAGUAGUGGACGCGCAGUACCUCAAGGAAGUCGAGAAGGCUCGUCGGGACCUUCGCGCUAUCAUCUCCGUCAGGAACUGCGCUCCUAUCAUGGUUCGAUUGGCGUGGCAUGAUGCUGGUACAUACAAUGCUGAAACGAAAACCGGUGGUGCUAAUGGCUCCAUCAGGAAUGAGCAUGAGCUAAACCAUGGCGCAAAUAGUGGUUUGAAAAUUGCUGUCAAUUUUUGUGAGGAAGUGAAAGCCAAGUAUCAGAAGAUCACAUAUGCUGACCUCUACCAGCUUGCUGGGGUUGUUGCUGUGGAGGUCACUGGUGGCCCUACUAUUGAGUUUGUUCCUGGUAGAAAGGAUUCACUGGAGUCUCCGGAAGAAGGACGGCUUCCAGAUGCCAAACAAGGUGCAUCACAUUUGAAGGACAUCUUUUAUCGCAUGGGUCUGUCUGAUAAAGACAUUGUGGCACUGUCAGGAGCCCACACAUUGGGUAGAGCACAUCCGGAAAGGUCAGGCUUUGAUGGCCCUUGGACGAAUGAGCCUUUGAAGUUCGACAAUUCAUACUUUGUUGAGCUACUGAAGGGGGAAUCAGAGGGGCUGUUGAAACUUCCCACAGACAAGGCUUUAUUGGACCAUCCUGAGUUCCGCCGCUAUGUUGAGCUUUAUGCAAAGGAUGAGGAUGCAUUCUUCAAAGACUACACAGUGUCACACAAGAAACUAUCAGAGCUAGGCUUUACUCCAUCGUCCAGUGUCAAGGAAGCUGUAAAGACAAGUACUUUGGUGGCACAAAGUGCUGUGGGAGUUGCCGUUGCUGCAGCUGUUGUGAUCCUGAGUUACUUAUACGAAGUUCGUAAAAAAGUCUAGUAAAAAUGUAAAUAUUUUUAAUAAUAUCAUGAGAAGCCAGUGAAGCAUAUUCCAUCAGGGGAACAUAUGUUAUUAGUACUUAAUUGUCUUACUGUUCUGUAAUAAGUUCUGAAAUUCUAGAACUGAACUUAUAAAGGACAUGUUUCCAAUAGAUAUGGCCCAUAUAUUGCUUGCU